GGGGCCGCGAUGGGGUCGGGAAUUCUGGCGGCGCUUUUGGGGUUGAUGCUCUGGAACCCCAGCGGGGCCUCGGGGCCCUGCUGGGAGAAUUCCCAGUGCCGGGAGCGCGGGAACGACGCCGGCAUCCUGGCCUGCGCCGGGUCGUGCCGGGCCCAGCUUUCCCUGGAAUCUCCCCUUUUUCCCGGGAACGGGCAGCUGCAGCCGCUCUCCGAGAGCCUGCGGCGCUACGUCAUGAGCCACUUCCGCUGGAACCAGUUCGGCCGCCGCAACGGCAGCGAGCCCGGCAAGCGCGGCGAGGAAGACGAGGAGGAGGAGGAGAAAUCCGGGAACGAGCCCGGAAUUCCCGGCUUUUCCCGGCACUCCGGGGAGCCGGGGAAGGACGGGAAGCGCUCGUAUUCCAUGGAGCACUUCCGGUGGGGAAAACCGGUGGGGCGCAAGAGGAGGCCGGUCAAGGUUUACCCCAACGGGGCCGAGGAGGAGUCGGAGGAGAAUUCCCGGCUGGAAUUCCGGCGGGAAGAGCCCUCGGGAGGCGAGGAGGAGGAGGAGGAAGAAUUCCCGGGAUUCCCGUGGAAUUCCCGGAAGGAGAAGCGCUACGGGGGAUUCAUGAGCUCGGAGCGGAUCCGGACACCGCUGGUGACGCUCUUCAAGAACGCCAUCGGGAAGAGCUUCUCCAAGGAUGCGCAGUGAUGGGGAAAUCCGGGAAAAAUCCCGGAAAAAUCCGGGGAAAUCCCACGGGAUCCGCGGCCCCUGUAGUGUCCCCUUAGCGCUCAAUCCGUCCUCGUUGAAAGAAAAUCCCGGGAUUCUGGGUGGGAAUUCCCAGGUUGGGCACUCUUGGGAUGGAUCCCGGUUGGGAAUUCUUGGGAUGGCGGGACGGUGUAAAAUAUUGUAAAGGAGGGAAUGGGAAAUUCCCGAAGAAAUAAAAAAAAAAAAUCUGGAUGGAA